AUAUCCAAGAUGGCUGUGAUACCUGUGGGACUACUACGAGGAUGUAUGUCCAUGCAUAGAUCGUUAUACAGACCUUGCACCUCUAAUGUGUAUAGCACCUGGCCUAGCUGUUUGCACACAAACCAACACCACAAAAACUCAUUACUGCAUCCGACUUGGCCUUGUGCACACUAUUUAUACACCCCCCUCCUAAAUACCUGGAGUCCAUACAGGUCUCAGAGUUCACCUCUGAAAACGGGCAACCCUUGUGAAACAAGGCGUCCCUUUUCUGCUGCUACUUUGGUUCAGUCAAUGCCAAAAAAUGUCCAGCCUUACCUGCGACUUAUGAGACUGGAUAAACCUAUAGGAACUUGGCUGCUAUACCUGCCCUGCACCUGGAGCAUUGCCCUGGCAGCAGAUCCGGGGAGCCUGCCUGACCUCUCUAUGCUGGCCUUGUUUGGCACAGGAGCGAUAUUGAUGCGGGGUGCUGGCUGCACUAUUAAUGACAUGUGGGAUAAAGAUUUUGACAGAAAGGUGGAGAGAACGGCAAGUCGGCCCAUUGCAGUGGGUGACAUCUCACAGUUCCAGUCCUUGGUUUUCCUUGGCGGUCAGCUGAGCUUGGCUUUAUGUGUACUUUUGUGUCUAAAUAUCUACAGCAUUGGUCUAGGAGCUUCUUCCUUGUUGCUGGUAGUUACUUAUCCACUAAUGAAGAGGAUCACCUACUGGCCACAGCUUGUAUUAGGGCUCACAUUCAACUGGGGAGCCUUGUUAGGCUGGUCGGCUAUGAAAGGGUCAUGUGACUGGUCUGUGUGUCUUCCCUUGUAUAUCUCUGGAGUCCUGUGGACACUGGUUUAUGACACCAUCUAUGCACACCAGGAUAAAAAAGACGAUGUCGUUGUAGGGGUAAAGUCAACAGCAUUGCGAUUCAAUGAGCAGACGAAGCCCUGGCUAAGUGGAUUUAGUGCAGCGAUGCUUGCAGGACUUACACUGACAGGACUAAACUGCGAGCAAACGUUUCCAUAUUAUGCCGCCGUUGCACUCAUUGGGGGACAUCUUGCUCAUCAGAUUUAUACUUUAGACAUAAACAAUGCAGAGGACUGCUGGAAAAAGUUUAGUGCCAAUCGCAACGUGGGAUUUUUACUUUUCUUUGGCAUUGUGUUUGGAAACCUGUGGAAAAGAAGAGACACCAGUGAAAUCAAAGAUGUAUCCAAUCACAGCUCAUGAUGGAAGCAUGUCUGGCCAGGGUAUGAGCACCUCACAGGACUGAUCUUUCCCAGCUGGAAUCCAGAAGCACUGAUCACCCCGUGUGACUUUACAUCACAUGUUUGUAUAUU